AUGUCGACCCAACAAGAGCUCGUGCCGCAAACAGAAUCCAUCGCGGAAGUCUACGCAACAGACGAUGCCUCAGUGAAUUCCGUUGCACCAGAGCACCAGCAGCGAUGGACCAAUCUCAUUACCCAGUUCAACAAAACCUAUAGCUACCGUCCAGACUUCGUGGCGCGCAGUCCCGGCCGCGUGAACAUUAUCGGCGAGCACAUUGACUACUCACUGUACGAUGUCCUGCCGACCGCCGUCAGCGUCGACGUGAUCAUGGCCGUCAAGGUCGUCCCCGCCAGCGCCGAGGGCACCACCAUCACCAUCGCCAACGUCUCGCCAGAGAAGUUCCCCACACGCGAGUUCACCGUUCCCCACGGUAAGGACGUCGAGAUUGACCCCAAGAAGCACGAGUGGGUGAACUACUUCCGUGCCGGUCUGUCGGGCGCCAUUAAGUUUCUGCGCAACGAGAGACCCGAUGGCUCGCUCGUUCCUGUCAGCAUGCAGAUCUUGGUCGACGGAAAUGUCCCCCCCCGGUGGCGCAGUGCUGCCUUCGUGUGCGCCAGUGCCCUGGCCGUUAUGAAAGCCAACGAUCACGACGUCUCCAAGCAGGAUCUGUUGGAUCUGGCUGUUGUCUCGGAGCGCGCUGUCGGUGUCUACUCCGGCGGCAUGGACCAAGCAGCCUCCAUCUUCUCCAAGCGCGGCUACCUGCUAUACACCCAAUUCUUCCCUAAAUUCAAAGCCCACCACGUCCCUAUCCCCACCUCCUCCUCCGAAAUCACCUUCCUCAUGGCCCAGAGCUUCGUAACCUCCAACAAAGCCGACACCGCCCCGCGCCACUACAACCUGCGCGUAGCAGAGUGCACUCUCGCCGCCGUGAUCCUCGCCAAGCACCACGGCGUGACCCUCUCCAAGGACAACAGCUCUCUCGGCUACAGUCUGCGCAACUUCCACAACGAACUAAUGACCAAAGAAGGCCGUCUCCAAGAUCCCCUGGAGUACCAAAUCGACUCCGUGAUCCUGGCGACAAUGGAGCUAUUCACAAAAGAAGAGGGCUAUACACGCGAGGAGAUGGCCGAGCUCCUGAGCAUCACCGUCGCCGAGCUUGAGUCCACCUUCCUCUCCGCAUUCCCCGUUCAGGCAGAGCGAUUCCAGCUCCGCCAGCGCGCGCUGCACUGCUUCAAGGAGGCGCGCCGCGUUCUCGAUUUCAAGGCCUGUCUCAGCAAGGCUACGCAGCUGGAUGAGAAGCGCAUUCAGUACCUCGGUCAGUUGCUUAAUGAGUCGCAGGAGUCGUGUGCUACGGCCUAUGACUGCAGUGCGCCAGAGGUCGAUGAGAUCUGUGCUAUUGCGCGUCGUGCGGGUACUUGGGGUAGUCGUCUGACUGGUGCUGGGUGGGGUGGUUGCACUGUUCACAUGUUGCCUCAGAGUAAGGUGGAGGCUGUUACUGCUGCGCUGAGGGAUGAAUACUAUCUUAAGAAGUUCCCUGAUAUCAGUAAGGAGAAGUUGGAGCAGGCUAUGGUUAUUAGCAAGCCGUCCAAUGGUUCAUUCUUGGUUACGGGAGCUGCUAUUGACCAGAUCCCUCUAUGA